AUGGCCGACCGCUACUCCUUCUCGCUCACAACUUUCUCCCCCAGCGGAAAGCUGGUACAGAUCGAGUAUGCCCUCAACGCCGUCAACCAGGGUGUGACAGCACUCGGCAUCAAAGCCACCAAUGGCAUCGUCCUUGCAACUGAGAAGAAGUCAUCCUCGCCUCUCACCGAUCCCUCCUCGUUGUCGAAAGUCAGCCUCAUCACGCCUAACAUCGGCAUGGUCUACGCAGGCAUGGGGCCCGACUACAGAGUACUGGUCGACAAGGCGCGAAAGGUCACCCACACUGGCUACAAGCGCAUCUACAACGAGUACCCCCCGACCAGAAUAUUAGUCCAGGAUGUCGCGCGCGUCAUGCAGGAGGCUACACAGUCUGGUGGCGUGCGGCCGUAUGGCGUCAGUCUGCUCAUUGCGGGGUGGGACGAGGGUAUCUUGCCAGAUGAGGAGGCGGACGUCGAGGGAGAAGGCGAGGAUGUCGCUCAGAAGAAGAAGCUCUCGGGCAAGACAGGUGGCAUUCUUAAGGGCGGACCGAUGCUCUACCAGGUCGACCCCUCAGGUAGCUAUUUCCCCUGGAAGGCCACUGCAAUCGGCAAGAGCGCGACGACAGCCAAGACCUUCCUGGAGAAGAGAUACACAGAGGGUCUCGAGCUGGAAGAUGCGGUGCACAUUGCGCUUCUUACGCUGAAGGAGACGAUCGAGGGUGAAAUGAACGGCGAGACGAUCGAGAUUGGUAUCGUUGGGCCUCCAGCGGACCACCUCCUCGGCGUCGAGGGUGUGCCCGACGCCACGGGCCCGCGGUUCCGGAAACUGACCCCCCAGGAGAUUGAGGAUUACCUCACGAAUCUGUGA